UCUUCAACCUAGAUUUAGGGCCCACUAAGAGGAUUAUCUUCGUUCCUCUUUUCAGUGCAAUGUCCUCUUUUGACGAGGCAAAAAUAUCGAAUUCGUUUCCCCAUUAUCACUGCAGUUUUGUGAAGUUGUAUUCUCGUUCUUCCUCAUGUCCAUCAUAUAACCCUUUACACAUCCCUCUCUCCUCCAGACAUAUGUUCUUCCUGCACAUUAAGGAUGAGCUGGACAGUGGCAGCCUGCAGAUGGAGGCUGAGCAGGCCAAGGAGCUGUGUGCACUCCUAGCCCAGGCUGAGUACGGAGACUACAACCAGAACACAGCCAAGUACUGCUCCAGCCAGAUCUUCAGACAGGAGCCUGACCUGGCAACCAUCAACAGCAUCCAGGAGAAGCACCGCGAGCUAGAGGGUCUGAGCCAGGCGUCAGCAGAGUACCAGGCCCUACAGCUGGUGUCCUCCCUGGAGAACUACGGGGUGGAGUGGCACUGGGCCAGGGACUCAGAGGGACAGAGGCUGGCUAUAGGGGUCGGCCCUGAAGGGGUAUCUAUCUGUCAGGAGGACUUCACCCCCACCAACAGGAUCAUUUAUCCCAUCAUCCAGAUGGCCACCCAGUCAGGGAAGAAUGUGUACAUGACCAUCACUAAGGACAGUGGUGAGGAUGUGGCCCUGCUGUUUAAGAUGACAAGCACCAGAGCUGCCAGCGGCCUGUACCGGGCCAUCACAGAGACCCACGCCUUCUACAGGUGUGACACGGUGACGAACGACGUGAUGAUGCAGUACAGCCGUGACUUCAAGGGUCACCUGGCGUCUCUCUUCCUCAACGAGAGCAUCGACCUGGGCAAGAAGUAUGUCUUCGACAUCCGACGCACCUCCAAGGAGGUCUACGACCACUGCCGCAGGGCGCUCUACAACGCCGGCAUGGCAGGGGACUGUGUGUCCGGCGAGCAGAGCCCGUCGCGGUCCCCUGGGGUGGGGGAAGGAGGCUGUGAGGGGUGCCAGAGGAGCCGGGUUCUGGAGGAGAAGCUGCAGCAGCUCCAGGAUGCUCUGCUGUGUAUGCUGUGCUGUGAAGAGGAGAUGGACGCUGCCUUCUGCCCCUGUGGACACAUGGUGUGCUGCCACAACUGUGCCGUCCAGCUAGAGGUGUGUCCGGUGUGUCGGUCAGAGGUGGACCAUGUCCAGCACGUCUACCUGCCCACCUGUGCCAACCUGCUGUCCCUGGCAGUGAGCAGUGCUGCCCCCUUCAAUAUUCCCAGAGACCUGGCCACUCACCUCUGUUCCUCCAGAGAGUUCUACACCAGCACAGACCAGAUCUGUCACACGUAGAUUUACUUCCAAAUAGCUAUCAUUGCUAACGUUAGCUAGCUAAAAUCUGGAGGUCUCCCCUCAAUCUUAGCUAUCAUUGCUAACGUUAGCUAGCUAAAAAUCUGGAGAUCUCCCCUCAAUCUUAGCUAGCUGGCUAACGUUAGCUAGCUAAAAUCUGGAGGUCUCCCCUCAAUCUUAGCUAGCUGGCUAACGUUAUACUGCAUCUAAAGUUAAUCCGGCGACAUCAAAAUUAUGAAAAAAGGUUUUCCUACUAGCUAUUUGCCGCCUUUAGAAAUGUCAUCGUGUUUUCAAGCCACAGUAAUAAACUUUAGACUGAAUAUUCAUCAGCCCCCAAUGAGGAUGCAUUGAGUAGAAUGUUCAGUUGGGCAUCGGUCCUAAAACAAACCUUCAAAACAAUAUUGUGAAGCAACGUGCAAACCAUAAAUACCAGGGGUAGUGCUGUAGUAGUAUACCAGUAGUAGUGCUGUAGUAGUUGUAUACCAGUAGUAGUGCUGUAGUAGUUGUAUACCAGUAGUAGUGCUGUACAGUAGUAGUAUACCUGUAGUAGUAUACCAGUAGUAGUGCUGUAGUAGUUGUAUACCAGGCAUAGUAUACCAGUAGUAGUGCUGUAGUAGUAUACCUGUAGUAGUUGUAUACCAGUAAUAGUGCUGUAGUAGUUGUAUACCAGUAGUAGUGCUGUACAGUAGUAGUAUACCUGUAGUAGUAUACCAGUAGUAGUGCUGUAGUAGUUGUAUACCAGGCAUAGUAUACCAGGGGUAGUGCUGUAGUAGUUGUAUACCAGGCAUAGUAUACCAGUAGUAGUGCUGUAGUAGUAUACCUGUAGUAGUUGUAUACCAGUAGUAGUGCUGUAGUAGUUGUAUACCAGGCAUAGUAUACCAGUAGUAGUGAUGUAGUAGUUGUAUACCAGGCAUAGUAUUCCAGGGGUAGUGCUGUAGUAGUUGUAGUGCUGUAGUAGUAUACCAAUAGUUGUAUACCAGUAGUAGUGCUGCAGUAGUUGUAGUGCUAUAGCAGUAUACCAAUAGUUGUAUACCAGUAGUAGUGCUGCAGUAGUUGUAUACCAUGCAUAGUAUACCAGUAGUUGUAUAUCAGGCAUAGUAUACCAGUAGUAGUAUACCAGUAGUAGUGCUGCAGUAGUUGUAGUACUGUAGCAGUAUACCAAUAGUUGUAUACCAGUAGUAGUGCUGCAGUAGUUGUAUACCAGUAGUAGUAUACCAAUAGUAGUGCUGCAGUAGUUGUAUACCAGUAGUAGUGCUGCAGUAGUUGUAUACCAGGUGUAGUGCUGCAGUAGGGAUAUACCAGGGGUAGUAUACCAGGGGUAGUGCUGUAGUUGUAUACCAGGGGUAGUGCUGUAGUAGUGCUGUAGUAGUUGUAUACCAGUAGUAGUGCUGUAGUAGUAUAUCAGUAGUAGUGAUGUAGUAGUGCUGUAGUAGUUGUAUACCAGUAGUAGUGCUGUAGUAGUAUACCAGUAGUAGUGCUGUAGUAGUUGUAUACCAGUAGUAGUGCUGUAUUAGUAUACCAGUAGUAGUGCCGUAGUAGUUGUAUACCAGUAGUAGUGCUGUAGUAGUUGUAUACCAGUAGUAGUGCUGUAGUAGUUGUAUACCAGUAGUAGUGCUGUAGUUGUAUACCAGGGGUAGUACUGUAGUAGGAAUAUACUAGGGGUAGUAUACCAGUAGUGUAGUGGUACUGCAGUAUUGGUGUUGUAGUAGUAGUGUGCUACUGUAUGCGGUGCUAUAUGACUGCAUACAGUAGCAUUCUGAACAUUAAUUUCUCUGGCAACAGCUCUGGUGGACAUUCCUGCAGUCAGCACGCCAACUGCACACUCCCUCAACUUGAGACAUCUGUGGUAUUGUGUUGUGUGACAACUGCACAUUUUAGAACAAUCUUUUAUUGUCCCCAACACAAGGUGCACCUGUGUAAUGAUUGUGCUGUUUAAUCAGCUUCUUGAUAUGCCAGCUUCUUGAUUAUCUUGGCACAGGGGAAAUGCUCACUACCGGGGAUGUAAACAAAUUAGUGCACAAUUUGAGAGAAAUAAGCUUUUUGUUCAUUAUAUGUAUACUUUACACUCCAUUGUAUUUUGAUAUCUUUAUCUCUGCCAUAUACAAAUGGUAUACAAAUGUGAUGUCUCUGACCAUAGUGUUGAAAUCGUCAUUACAUAGAAGAGUGUACCAGACCAGGAAAAUAGUCUUUAUUUUUUAUUUUUUAUCAGGGCCCAUAGUAAUGAAGUAGUGCACUAUAUAGGGUGUCUGUUGGGAUGGAUGUUCCCACUGUCUUACACAGAUGAGUUACUCAAUCUAUCUUCUGGCCUGCAGCGAGUUCAAACAAUGUACCAUACCAGGCCUGUUACCAGUCUACAGAAGUCACAUUGUUGCUUCUCAUACCACCCUGCAUCCCACUGCUGGCUUGCUCAGAUCUAAACAUGGUUUCUCUGAAUGCUAAUGGAAGUGGUGUUGGAGGGCCAGUAGGAGGCUCCCUUUCCUCUGGUCUAAAAAAAAAUAUCCCAAUGACCCAGGACAGUGUUUGGGGACAUUGCCCUGUGUAGCGUGUUGUCUUUCGGAUGAGACGUUAAACGGGUGUCCUGACUCUCUGUGGUCACUAAAGAUCCCAUGGCACUUAUUACAAGAGUAAGAGUAGGGGUGUUAACCCUGAUGUCCUGGCUAAAUUCCCAAUCUGGCCCUCAUACCAUCAUGGACACCUAAUCAUGUAUAAGCUGCCAAUUGGCUCAUACAUCCUCUCCCCUGUAACUAUUCCCCAGGUCGUUGCUGUAAAUGAGAAAAUGUUCUCAGUCAACUUAACUGGUAAAAUAAGGGUUAAAUUAAAUGGAGAAGAAUUCUCUACCAAAGCUCCUAUUUACACUCUGUACCUGAACAUUGGAUUUCAAUUUGUUGAUCAAUGAUUUCUGUAGUUAAGGUUCUGUUCUGUAUUUAAAGCUGUGUUUUAAUGAGUUGAAAUUUAAACCAAGAUUUCAUAUUUAUUUUCAAGUAUUAAUAAAAUAUUUAUUUUGUAACUUAA